ACCAGCCCGGAUCUUUCGCGACGUUGUUUCAGACAGUCUUUCUUCACCGCGCAGAGCUAAAAGUCACCCUCCACAGCCCCCUCUUCCCCAUUUUCUUAUUAUUUUCAACUCUUUAAUUUUUUUUUUUACUCUCAAACAAAACUUUCUCUCUCUUUGAAAGUGGCCUCUCUGGUUUUACGCCGGUUGGCAGCUGAAACCGCUCAAAGCGCUCUUUCUCUCUCUCUCUCUUCUUUCUCUCCCUUUAAAACCCCAAUACCAACGCUUUCUCUUUUCCUUUCCUCUCUCGCUUAGCAAAACAAAACAAGCAGUUUUCUCUUUUUGCUUUUUCUUUCUUAAAUUCGAAAACUUAGCUUCUUCAAAGAAACCCCAGAUGAGUUUGCGUGCAUUUAAGCUCUUUUAAGUUUUUUAAAAAAUUGUUCUUCUUUCUAAGCUUCGUGAUUAUCGUAGUUGUUUUUCUCAAUGGAGCAGUUUUAAGUAACGGUUAAGGUAAAAAUAUCAUCGGUUUUAUUUUAUUUUUUUUGGUAUGGUUUGAGGUUAAAAAGUUUCUGAGCUAAUUUUUGUUUGUUUCCUGAAGAAAUAGUUUUGGGUUUUAGUGUCAUUUUUAGAGAAAGGAAAAAGUUAUUGAAGGUUAUAGAGUUAUAGUAUAUAUACAUAAGAAUAUUAAAUGGCUCCAGCGAGUAACUGGCUCUCAUUUUCACUAUCUCCGAUGGAGAUGUUGAGGUCAUCAUCUGAGCCUCAGUUUGUGUCAUAUGAAGGAUCCUCUGCGGCUGCUGUGUCCUCUCCUCAUUACUUGAUCGAUAACUUCUAUGCUAAUGGCUGGACAAAUCCAAAACAUCAAGUGUUCUUUACGGAAGGAGAGGAGAACCAAUGCAAAGAAGCUCAUCCUCCAGCCAUGACUGAUGAAUCUCCCAUUCUCACAAGCUUCCACCAACAAGCACCGAAGCUUGAAGACUUCCUUGGAGAUUCCUCAUCGAUUGUUCGAUAUUCAGAUAGCCAAACCGAAACCCAAGACUCAUCUUUGACCCAAAUCUAUGAUCACAGCGGUUCUGCUUACUUCAAUGAGCACCAAGAUCUCAAGGCAAUUACUGGGUUUCAAGCGUUUUCGACGAACUCGGGAUCCGAAGUUGAUGACUCGGCCUCAAUGGGUCGGACUCAGUUGACAGCUGUUGAGUUUCCUGGUCACUCCAUUGAGUCGACUGGUACCGAGUUGGGUUUCACCAACUGUCCGACUGCCGGUGCUUUGUCACUCGGGGUUAAUCAAAGUUGCGAAAAUAAUAAUAAUAACAAUACUAAUGAUAAUAAUAAUAAGGCCAUUGUUUCGGUUGACUCAGAUUGCUCAAAGAAGAUCGCUGAUACUUUCGGUCAGCGAACUUCAAUUUACAGAGGUGUCACCAGACACAGAUGGACGGGUAGAUAUGAAGCGCAUCUAUGGGAUAACAGCUGUAGGAGAGAGGGUCAAGCCAGAAAAGGGCGUCAAGUAUACUUGGGUGGCUAUGAUAAGGAAGAAAAAGCAGCUAGGGCUUACGAUUUGGCAGCUCUAAAGUACUGGGGUCCCACGGCAACCACCAACUUCCCGAUUUCAAAUUAUACGAAAGAGUUAGAGGAGAUGAAACAUGUGACCAAGCAAGAGUUUAUUGCAUCCUUACGGAGGAAGAGUAGCGGAUUUUCAAGGGGAGCAUCAAUUUACAGAGGUGUCACAAGGCAUCAUCAACAGGGGCGAUGGCAAGCAAGGAUAGGCCGCGUUGCUGGAAAUAAGGACUUAUACCUAGGAACUUUUGCUACCGAAGAGGAGGCAGCUGAGGCCUAUGAUAUUGCGGCCAUAAAGUUUAGGGGUGUGAAUGCAGUUACCAACUUUGAGAUGAACCGGUAUGAUGUUGAAGCCAUUGCCAAGAGUUCUCUUCCCAUUGGUGGGGCAGCCAAGCGCCUAAAGCUUUCACUUGAAUCGGAGCAAAAACCAAUAGUAAACCAUGAGCAACAACCCCAGUGCAGCUCCAACAGCAACAAUAUAAGUUUUGCUCCCAUGCAGCCAAUUUCUGCUAUUCCCUGCGGAAUCCCUUUUGACACUGCAGCGGCGGCAGCAUUUUAUCAGCAGAAUCUCUACCACCAGCUUCAGGCUGCCAACAUAGGCAUUUCUGAUCCACCUGGCUCUUCCUCAGCAAUGGCAACCCAAUUGAAUGUAAUGCAGCAGCCAGCUGAGUUCUUCUUAUGGCCUCACCAGACUUACUAAAAUGACCAAGAACUUUUAACAACCAGGAAUAGUUGCAAUUUCAGCUAACAAGUCGUAGUAAAAGGCGCCAUGCUCCCAGCUGACCCCAUAUCUGACCAUCACCACCUGAUCUACCUCUUAACCUUGGCAAGCGUAGGAUUAAGGUAAGGGGUUUUUGUUUUUGGAGGCUAAAGGUUCUAGUUUGAAAAAUUAGGAAAGCUGGAUUUUGUAAGUAUCUUGUCUUCAGAUGUUAAAAGAUGAGACGCAUGUUGAAAAAAAUGGGCAACAUCCGAUCCUUUUUCUUGCGAAAAGUUUUUGAAUGCUCUCCAAGUUUAAUUUGCGCCCCCA